UUUUUGUUACAGCUUGUGACUGUGAUCCAGAUGGUUCUCAAUUUUUGACCUGCAAUUCGAUCACCGGAGCGUGUUACUGUAAGCCGCACUAUGUGGGGAAAACGUGCAAUACUUGCGAGGAUGGCACGUGGAAGAACGAGAACAAGGAAUGCGUGAAAUGCGAAUGCGAUCCUUACGGUACGGAGCCUUCGAAAUGGUGCAACAAAGAAACGGGAAAUUGUCCCUGCAAGGUUGGCGUUACUGGGCGAUCGUGCGAUCUCUGCGCAACAGGCUAUUACGGAACCGUUCAAACUGGAUGCAGAGAAUGCGAUCCGUGCGACAAGAAAGGUCAUAUAUGCGAUCCGAACAAUGGCGCCUGUGUAUGUCCACCCCUUACCACAGGGACGGACUGCGAGAAUUGUGGAGAGGAUUCGUGGGGAUACGAAGAUAAUGUUGGAUGCAAGGCAUGCAAUUGUUCAUCUACUGGCAGCCAAGAUCCCCAAUGUGAUCAACUUGAGGGGACCUGUACCUGCAAGGAGGGCUAUGAAGGGGAUCAAUGUGACAGCUGUAGUUUCGGGUACUAUGGGUACCCUGACUGCCAGAGAUGUGAGUGUGAUCCCACAGGAACAAAAGAGGAAGAAUGUCGCAGGGGCUUGUGUGGUUGUGAAGAAGAUGGGAGCUGUCGAUGCAAGGCGAAUGUCGAAGGUAAACUGUGCAACAAAUGCAAAGACAAAACUUACGGUCUGACCAAAGAAAACCCCAAAGGGUGCACGAACUGUUUUUGCUUCGAACGAAGUGAUAUCUGCGAAGAAGCGCCUGUCAACUGGGACAAAAUCAGAUACGAAAAAUACUCUGAUCCAGAUGUCAAUGACGAGGUAGCAGAAGACAUCCUGAUGCUACCUGAAAAAUUUCUAGGUGACCUAACCACCUCUUACGGCGGCUAUCUGACUGUCAAAGUGACAGGAGGAACGUUCACCGUGUACCUGCAGGGAAACGGGGUGCAAAUGCAAACCGCAGCUAGCAAGGAGCUGCAUCUCCUUGAGACCAGCAGAUGGCAUGUGGUCAAGGAGAAUCCGUAUUUUCCGAGGAUGUGUAAAGAAGAGAUGACCAGAGGAUGUUUCAUGGCUGUCUUGCAAAAAGUUACCAGGUUUACCAUUGAAGCACCUCACAGGAUAACAGAAGUACUCCUGGACAAAGCCAAAUUCAACAUAUCCACGUAUCCAGUCACCCACACUAUAGAGAAGUGUCAAUGUCCAGAAGAAUACAGCGGUCUAUCAUGUCAAGAGCCCAACGAAGAGUAUCACAAGUAUUUCCCGACUGAUUCGGGAAAUCAUUGGAUUGAUCUGGUUAUCGGCAAGGCGAAAUCUUGUUCUUGCAAUGGAAGGUCGAAGCAGUGUGAUCCUAUAAGUGGAGAUUAA